AUGACUCUCGCCAGUUCUGCCUUUAGGUGUGUCAACGCAGUUGAAAAGGCCCUCAGCAGUGUUCCCGGCAUUGACCGGUACGACAUCGAGCUCGACAACAAGCGAGUAACGAUCACUGGAAAGACUCCUCCUUCUCAGCUGCUCUCUGCGCUCAAGUCGACCGAGCGCCAGGUGCUAGUCCGCGGGGCGUCGUCUGCAGACCCAAACGUUCCUUCCGAGGCCGCCAUCUCCAUUCUUGAGUCUCCGAUCGCCCUUCCGUCACCCGACGCCUCCAAGUCGCUGCCGGGACUGAAGGAGGACGAGUUCUCGCAGCAGGUGUAUGGCAUUUCUCGCUUCGUGCAGAUCGCGCCCAAGAGCAUUUUGAUGGACCUGACGGUGCGCUUCCCGCCAAACGCUGCGCAGGACAAGUUCAACGUCUACGUCUCGAAGACGGGCAACCUCGUCGACCCGCCAAAGUCGACCGGCGGCGAGUUCGUGAACCUCGGCCAGCUCAAGCCCGACGGCAAGGGCUACGGUGAUCUGUUCAAGGAGGUCGACGGGCAGCUGUGGGAGUGGGUCGGGCGCGGGUGCGUUGUGCAGAAGGAAGGAGAGAAUGAUGGCAAGCCGGGAAGCGUCUUUGCCGGCGUUGUCGCCCGCUCCUCCGGCGUGUGGGGCAACGACAAGACAGUCUGCGCAUGCUCUGGCCGGACGAUGUGGGAGGAGGGCCGCGAGAUGGAGAAGAAGGGCGUACUCAUCGCACCCCAGGCUCACCUCGAAUCUGACCCCAGGACGGAUACCCACCGUGACAUCUCUGCGUUUUCCACGACACACGCAUUCCGCAGCACCGACGCCGUCGCACCCCAUCAUCGUUCGCUCGGCACACUCGCCCCCGAUCUUCCCAUGUCUUCUCCCAUGUCGCACGUCCAUAUCCGGAGCGGGGGCAAGCGGAGCACCUCUGCCGCUGCAGCGGCCCCAGCCGACCAGAUCUCUCUGAGAUAUAAGGCCGUCUAG